GGAGAGCGCGCUCUCCGCCAGAAGUCAUAAAGUCAGACUUCACCAACGGGGCACGGGCCAGGAGAGAGAGAGAGCGAGGCUGGAGCGAGGAGGGGGUGGACUUAUCUAUUGGCCCACAACGUUUAAUGAAACACGGCGAUACAUGCGGUAUGUUUGCUCUCAUGGCUUCCUUACUCCCGUUUUUUCCCCACCUGAAAAGAUAAGCCAAUGGGCUCGAGAAGUUGUUGGUCCCAUCCCGGGCAUAUUUCCCGUCAUACGAGACCCGUCGCAAGCGCACCUGUGACAUCAGCUCUGUGUUGAUCUGCCCGACACGCCGUGAAGACCCGCUACUUUUCACUAUCCUAAUCCGAAGACAUGACGGUGUCCCCGGUCUGCAAACCGGCUAAAUACCCGGCGAGACUAACAUUAAUGACCGAAGCGGUGUCAGGGUGUUUGUGAUUGAGCCACAGAAGCUGUCUCGAGACGACCGGCGGGACGCCAGGGCCGUAUGGAACUUUCUUUUGGAGGACAAGGAACGCACCUGUUCGAUGCCCGCCGGGACUGGACCAGGUACCGCUGGACCCUGACAUGUCUAACGACGAGCCGUCGUAAAGCAAGCCAUCACUGCUAUUACCUGGGUUUCAGGACAGGGUUCCAAAAGCGAUGGCGUCUGAGGUGGCGUGUGGAUUGAUCUUCAGAUUACUUCUUCCAAUAUGUCUGGCUACCGCCUGUCUGUUCAGGUUCAAUGGCCUGUCCUUUGUCUACCUCAUCUACCUCCUGCUUAUCCCUCUCUUUGCAGAGCCCACGAGCACCACCAUGCAAGGCCACACAGGGAGGCUGCUCAUGUCGCUGUGUUUCACCAGCAUGUCCUUCGUGCUGUUCCACAUCAUCUACCAGAUCACAGUCAACAGCCUGCUGGCCACCCACUCCAUCAACGCCGACUUCAACUGUUCCAUGUGGGAGAAGUCCAUAAGGCAGAUUGGCUUUGAGAGCGUGAUCGGGGCGGACCCCAUGAACGGGAUCCGCGUGUUCCUCCCGGACAUCGGCAUGUUCCUGACGGGCCUGGCGGUCUGGCUGAUCUGCCGCAGCCUGGUGCACAAGAGGCCCCCCGAGGACAUGGCCCAGGACAACGCUCACUUCCAGGCAGAGGACCUGGAGGAAGAGGAGAAGCUGAGCCUGGAGGGCAACAUCCUGUUGGAGGAAGACCACGAGGCGGGCUACGAGGCCGAGGGAGACGAUGACGAAGAGCUGUCCGAUGAGGAGGAGGACGACGACGACGAGGAGCAGGAGGGGGACGAGCACGAGGAGGAGGAGGAGGCGAAGGAGAGCGCCAAGAUGAAGGUCCUGCGAUUCGUGGCGGGCGUGGCGUCCAAAGUGAAGGAGAUCAUCGGGGACCUGAUCACCACCGCUGGGAAGGUGGUGGUCACCAUCCUGCUGGGCCUUACGGGCGCCAUGCUGCCCUCGCUGACCUCGGCGGUGUACUUCUUCGUCUUCCUCUUCCUGUGCACCUGGUGGUCAUUCUGCCGCACCAUCGACACGCUGCUCUUCAGCUGCAUGUGCGUGCUGAUGGCCAUCUUCAGCGCCGGCCACCUGGUGAUCCUCUACCUCUACCAGUUCCAGUUCUUCCAGGAGGCCAUCACCACUGACGACUACUACAUCAGAUUGUUUGGCAUCUCCCCCCUCAUCCGAGUCGACUGCACGCGCACGUGGAAGCUCAACAAGAACCCGGAGCUCUACUGGCACCACUUUGUCAACCCGGGGAUGCUGCUGCUGCUGUACUACACCCUGGCCACGCUCAUCCGCCUCUGGCUGCAAGAGCCCACCGGGCAGAUGGAGGACAAGGAGGAGGCGGAGGGAGAGGAGAAGGAGGGGCUGAUGGGCAACGGGACCAGCAGCUCGGCCGACAGGAGGAGGCACAUCUGGCGGCUCACCAGCCGCGCCACGGAUGAGAGGGAGGGUCCCAACGAGAACUCUUUCGAAUUCACCACCACUGACAAUGGACCGGUCGGUGUGGAUCUCUAUUCCACCCCGCACUACAAAAUGGACCAGUCCACCUUCAAUCCCGACCCAGAGAUUAAGCACGAAUGUGUGUACGAAGUGAGGCUGCCCUCCGAAAUGGGUAUGGAGGGGGGGAAGAAGGAUGGGGAGGGGGGGAAGAAGGAUGGGGAGGAGACGGAGACGGAGACGGAGGGCGAGGACCGGGAGAAGGCCAGUGCUGUGGUCACCGUCUUCCGCUUCAUCAUGAAGCAGAGCUACAUCUGCGCUCUCAUCGCCAUGAUGGCCUGGAGCAUCACCUACGUCAGCUGGCUGACCUUCGUCUUCCUGCUGUGGUCGUGCAUUCUGUGGAUGGUGCGCGACCGCCGGCGCUACGCCAUGAUCACCUCGCCCUUCAUGGUGAUGUACGGCAACCUGCUGCUGGUGCUGCAGUACAUCUGGAGCUUCGAGGUCCUGAACAAGGUGUCGGGCUUCUUCCUCAAAGGAAACGUGCCCUUCAGCGAGCUGUGGACCAAGAUGCUGUGUCUGCUGAGCUUCUGGCUGCUGCUGAGGCAGACUCUGAUGGAGCGGGAGGAGAAGCUGAGCCACACGGAGGCGGCUCUGUCCGACGUGGUGGUGGACCAGGACAAGGCCAAAGCAGAGGAGGAGGAGAGGAGGUCGUCGGAGAAGGAGGAGGAGGAGGGGGAAGGAGGGGAGCCGGACGUGGUGCAGGUGCUGGGCAGCCUGAUCAUGGCCCUGCUGGUCAAGUACUGGCUCUACAUCUGCAGCGGCAUGUUCUUCUUCGUCAGCUUCGAGGGCCGCAUUGUCAUGUACAAGAUCAUCUACAUGAUGAUGUUCCUGUCCUGCGUGGCCCUCUACCAGGUGCACUACGAGUGGUGGAGGAGGGCUCUCAAGUACUUCUGGAUGUCGGUGGUGAUGUACACCAUGCUGGUGCUCAUCCUGGUCUACACCUUCCAGUUCGACACCUCCCCGCCCUUCUGGAGGGGCUUGACCGGCAUGGAUGACAAGCAACUGGAGGAUCUGGGCCUGGAGACUUUCUCUGUGCCCGAGCUGUUCAGCCGCAUCUUCAUCCCGGCCUCCUUCCUGCUGGUCUGCAUCCUCCACCUUCACUACUUCCACGACCGCUUCCUCGCGCUCACAGACCUCCAGGCUCUGGUGGCCAAGGAGGAAAGCACGAUCUACAGGCUGGUCCACCCUGACGGCAGCCUGGCAGACCUCACCCUGCUCAGCUCCAGCUCGGUGGACGAGCCGUCCCUACGCAGCACCGAGGACAGGAAGGGUGGGGGAGCGGGUGGGGGGGCGGGUGGGGUGCCCGAGGAGAUGCUGGUGGUGGUGACGUCCACGGAGGAGGAGGACGCCUCGUCGGCGGGGGGGACCGGCAGCUACUCCCUGGGGAAGAGGCAGCGGCGGUCGGGCAGCGAGGGGAGCCGGUGCUGCAGCAGCGGGGGCGCCCCCACCACCGAGAACAGCACCGAGCAGAGCUCCGACCUGAAGAACAAAUGGCAUCUGGUGGUGGACCGGCUCACGGUGCUGUUUCUCAAGUUCCUGGAGUACUUCCACAAGCUGCAGCUCUUCAUCUGGUGGCUGCUGGAGAUCCACAUCAUCAAGAUCGUGUCCUGCUACAUCAUCCUGGUCUCCAUCAAAGAGGUGUCCCUCUUCAACUCGGUGUUCCUGGCGUCCUGGGCCUUCGCCCUGCCCUUCACCCAGGUCCGGCCCAUCGCCUCCAGCAUCUGCACCGUGUGGACGUGCGUCAUCGUCAUCUGUAAGAUGUUGUACCAGCUGAAGUCCAUAGAUCCGGAAUUCUACUCCAGCAACUGCACCCUGCCAGCAGGCUACGAACUCAAAAUAAUGGAAGAACUGACGAGUGAGUCUGUGCUUUAUAAAGAGCCGGUGGAUCCAGCCAACUGGGUGGGCCUCAUGAAGUCUGAACCCCUGUUGGAAUACCUGCGGAACAACCUGUUGAUGCUGGCCAUCCUGGCGUUCGAGGUGACCAUCUACCGCCACCAGCAGUACUUCCGGCUCCGCAACAAACUGACCCCGCCCGCCGCCCGGAUCAUCUUCCACGGCAUCACGCGCCAGCACCUGGACCAAGGCAUCGUCAACUUCGUCAAGUACUUCGUCAACUACUUCUUCUACAAGUUCGGGCUGGAGACGUGCCUGCUGCUGGUGGUCAACGUGAUUGGCCAGCGCAUGGACUUCUACGCCAUGCUGCACGCCUUCGCACUCAGCGUGGUCAUGUACCGCCGCCGGAGGAAGGCCAUCGCUGAGAUCUGGCCCAAGUACUGCUGCUUCCUGGCCUGCAUGAUCACCUUCCAGUACUUCAUGUGUGUGGGGAUCCCCCCCGCCGCCUGCAAAGACUACCCUUGGAGAUUCCCCAACUCUGGCACCGAGUCCAACGUGGUCAAGUGGCUCUAUGUUCCUGACUUCCACACAAAGCCCAACCCAAUGUUCCUGUUCUAUGACUUCAUGCUGCUGCUGUGCGCCUCCCUCCAGAGGCAGGUAUUUGACGACGAGAACAAGGCGGCCGUGCGUCUCAUGGCCGGGGACAACGUGGAGAUCUGCCGGGACCUGGACGCCGCCACCUUCAGCGUGCACAACCCCGUCCCCGACUUCAUCCACUGCAGGUCAUACCUGGACAUGCUGAAGGUGACCAUGUUCAGCUACUUGUUCUGGUUCGUCCUCACCAUCCUCUUCUUCACGGGUACCACUCGCAUCAGCGUCUUCUGCAUGGGCUACCUGGUGGCCUGCUUCUACUUCCUGCUCUUUGGGGGGGAGCUGCUGCUCAAGCCAAUCAAAAAGAUCCUCCGCUUAUGGGACUUCCUCAUCGCCUACAACGUCUUCGUCAUCACCAUGAAGAACAUCCUGUCGAUCCUUGCCUGUGGUUACAUCCACACUCUGCUGGUGAAGCACUGCUGGUUGAUCCAGCUGCUGAGCCUUGCUUGCACCAUCAAGGAGUACAAAUCAAACGAUAUCAAUCAGGAUCACAUCGAUAUAGCGGACCAAUGCGAGCUCCCCAAGGACGAGGCGGGCAUCAUCUGGGACAGCAUCUGCUUCGCCUUCCUGCUGCUGCAGCGCCGCGUCUUCAUGAGCUACUACUUCCUGCACGUGGUGGCCGACAUACGCGCCUCACAGAUCCUUGCCUCCAGGGGCGCGGAGCUGUUCCAGGCCACCAUCGUGAAGGCAGUGAGGGCCAGGCUGGAUGAGGAGCACAGAUCCAUGGAGCAGCUGAAGAGACAGAUGGACCGCAUCAAGAUGAGACAGCAGAAGUUCAAGCGGGGCAAGGAGAAGAUGCUGAGCAUGACCCAGGAGUCUGGCGAGGGCCAGAGCCUGGUGCCGCCCGAGGAAGAGGAUGACGGAGCAGAGCGAACGAAAGCCAAGACCAAAAAAAAGCAGUGGUGGAGGCCGUGGGUAGACCAUGCUUCUAUGGUGAGAAGUGGAGAUUAUUACUUGUUUGAAACUGACAGUGAGGAAGAGGAGGAAGAGGAGGACAAAACCGAGGAGGACCUUCCUAAAAAGUCAGCGUUUCAGCGUGCUAUCGGAAGCUUUGCCUCUGCUUUGCUGGCAUUGCCAAAGUCUAUUAUCAAACUGCCCAAAACUGUACUGCAGUAUGUAAUGAAGGCAGGCAAGUUCCUCUACCACGCCUGGAUCACAGACCCCAAGACGGCUCUCAGGGAGAAGGCCAAAGAGAGGCGCAAGUUCUGGAAGAAGUACACCAAGGGAGUGCGAAGCAGAAAAAGCAAGAAAGAGAGUCAUGUGACUAUAGAGGUAGGAGACCUGCCGGAGGGUGUAGGGGAAGACGAGGACAGCAAAAAGUCUGAAGGCCCAGACAACGUCAUCAAGCGCAUGUACAACAUCAUCAAGUUCUUGCUGGUGCUGUGCCAGACCACGGUGGACAGUUUCACCAAGUGGAUGAAUGAGAUGUGCCAGGAGCACAUCGACAUCUCCAGCGUGCUGCGCAUCGAGCGCUGCAUGCUCACACGCGAGGUCAAGAAGGGCAACGUGCCAUCCAGGGACCACAUCCACGUGUACUACCAGAAGGCCAUGAGGCUCAACAUGUCCCGGCAGUCCAGCAUGGACCUGCUCAGCGAGGACGACUCGGGCUCCCAGAGGGUCCCCAGACGGAGGCAGGGGCGCUUCCCCAUGGGGAGCGGGGACUCCAUGGCCUCCCGGGACAGCAUCUCCAGCGGGUACACGGAGGCCACCAUGCUGUCACGCCAGUCCACCCUGGACGACCUGGACGGCAUGCCCGAGUGCAUCCCCAAAACCAGCGAGCGGGCGCGGCCCAAGCUGCGCAAGAUCUACGGCAUGGACGCCUCCAACUCCUCGGCCGACAGCGGGAGCAGCCUCGUGUCCAGCGAGGCCACCCAGUGUAUCACACUGUACUCCCGGCAGGGGACCACGGACACCAUAGAGGAGGUGGAGGACGAACACGACCUGGGAGAAGACGGGCGCCAGGCGGAGCCAAGGGGCUGCCAGGAGCCGGAGGGCUCUCUGGAUCCGGGGGGCUCCCAGGAGCAAGAGGGGUCUGUGGAGCCAGGGGGGUCACAAGGGCCAGAGGGCUGCCAGGAUUAUGAGGGGUCCCUCGAGCCGGAAGGGUCCCCACAGCCAGAGGGGUCCCCACAGCCAGAGGGGUCCAUGGAGCUAGAGGGGUCCCAACAGCCAGAGGGGUCCUUGGAGUUAGAGGGGUCCCCACAGCCAGAGGGGUCCUUUGAGCUAGAGGGGUCCCCACAGCUAGAGGGGUCCCCACAGCUAGAGGGGUCCCAACAGCCAGAGGGGUCCCAACAGCCAGAGGGGUCCCAACAGCCAGAGGGGUCCUUGGAGCUAGAGGGGUCCCCACAGCUAGACGGGUCCCCACAGCUAGAGGGGUCCCCACAGCUAGAGGGGUCCCAACAGCCAGAGGGGUCCUUGGAGCUAGAGGGGUCCCCACAGCCAGAGGGGUCCUUGGAGCUAGAGGGGUCCCCACAGCCAGAGGGGUCCUUGGAGCUAGAGGGGUCCCCACAGCCAGAGGGGUCCCAGGAGCAGGCGGAGUGCGGGGAUUCUGAGGGGUCCCAGGACCCUGAAGGGUCGGAGGGGCCGGACUGGACUCAGGUACUGGACGGGUCCCAGGAGACGGAAGCCGGGCCCUGGGGAGUGGACAACCCUGCUUGGCAGAAGGAUGACGAGGAGGAAGGCCAGGAGGACCAGUGCAGACAAGGGGUCUCCUGGGAUUCCUUUGGCCCAGGAGAAGGCCCCUCCAUGACGGGGACGGAGACGGAGGAGGGGGCGGGGGCGGGGCCGGCCGGGAUCCAGGAUCCGGACUACACCACAGAUAGCGAGGGCGGGGAGGCCGGUUCGCGCGAGUCCUCCCGGCGCCGGGGCCGGUCUGCGCUGCUCUACACCCCCGACACGGACGCCUCCAAGACGUCCGACGCAGAGGUGCCGCCGAGUUACAGCAAGGUGGUGAGCUUCGACCGCCUGGAGGUCAGCGACGACGACAGCGACAUGGACCGCAGGAGGAUGGCGAUGACCUCAGACAGCCGGUCGGAGGGCAGCACCCGCUCCGACCUGGCGCAGCCCUCCAUGAUGACCGAGCUGACCGCCAGCGAGCUGCUGCUCAGCAAGAUGUUCUACGACGAGGAGCUGGACCAGUCAGAGAAGUUCUACGACAGCCAGCCGCUGGGGCUGCAGCUGGGCUACGCGCUGUACAACAUGCUGGUGGCCCACUCGGAGAUGGUGUGCUACCUGGUGAUCAUCCUCAACCACAUCAUGUCGGCCAACCUCGCCACGCUGGUCAUCCCCAUCAACAUCUUCCUGUGGGCCAUGCUGUCUGUGCCGCGUCCCAGCAAGCGCUUCUGGAUGACCGCCAUCGUGUACACGGAGGUCACAAUCUGCAUCAAGUACUUCUUCCAGUUCGGCUUCUUCCCCUUCAACCAGAUGAAGGCGGAGAAGUCCAAGCCGUACCACCCGCCCAACAUCAUCGGUGUGGAGAAGAAGGACGGCUACGCCCACUAUGACCUCAUUCAGCUCCUAGCCCUCUUCUUCCAUCGCUCCAUCCUGAAGUGCCACGGCCUGUGGGACGAGGACGACAAAAGGCAGCAGAAGCGGGAGCAGGCCGCCCAGGAGACGUCGGAGGACGAGGGGAACGGCGUGGGGCGGGCCAGCGAGAAGAAGGAGAAGGUGAGGGACGCGGCGGCGGCCCCGUCGGUGAGGUCGGAGAGCCGGGGCUCCAUGAGGUCGCUCAACUUGGACGGCCCCGUGGACUCGGUGCAGGUGCAGAUGCACCACUCCCAGCAGAAGACCUUCCAGCGGCGCAAGAGCUCCAGCGGGGGGUCGUUCAUCUCCCACCGCUCCGGCCUGUCGUCGGCGCGGUCCAAGAGAGGAAGCACCGCGUCCCACAACAGCAGCCGGCACGACGGCAGCGAGGCAAGCGUGCAGAAGAGCCGGAAGCAGCUGAUGGCGGAGAAGCUCAGAGAACAGCUGAUCAGGGGCAAGGCCAUGGUGGUCAAACGAUGCAUGGAUUUCUACGAACCCAUCCGCCAGUUCUUCUACAACCUGAUCCACCCCGAGUACAGCGCCGUGACCGACGUCUACGUGCUCAUGUUCCUCGCCGACACAGUCGACUUCAUCAUCAUCGUGUUCGGAUUCUGGGCUUUCGGCAAACAUUCUGCGGCAGACAUCACCUCGUCCCUGUCAGAGGAUCAGGUUCCUGGGCCUUUCCUGGUCAUGGUUCUGAUCCAGUUUGGGUCCAUGGUGGUGGACCGCGCCCUCUACCUCAGAAAGACCGUCAUGGGCAAGGUCGUCUUCCAGGUCAUCCUGGUCUUCGGCAUCCACUUCUGGAUGUUCUUCAUUCUGCCCGGAGUCACAGAGAAGCGUUUCAACCAGAACAGGGUGGCCCAGAUGUGGUACUUUGUCAAGUGUAUCUACUUUGGACUGUCGGCCUAUCAGAUCCGCUGUGGGUAUCCCACCCGCGUCCUGGGCAACUUCCUCACCAAGAGCUACAACUAUCUCAACCUCUUCCUGUUUCAAGGGUUCCGCCUGGUUCCCUUUCUCACAGAGCUGCGGGCGGUGAUGGACUGGGUGUGGACGGACACGUCCCUGUCGCUGUCCAGCUGGAUCUGCGUGGAGGAUAUCUACGCUCACAUCUUUGUGCUUAAAUGUUGGAGGGAGUCUGAGAAGAAAUUCCCGCAGCCGCGUGGGCAGAAGAAGAAGGCGACGGUGAAGUACGGUCUGGGGGGCAUGAUUGUGGCCCUGCUCAUCUGCAUCGUGUGGUUCCCGCUGCUCUUCAUGUCCCUGGUCAAGUCUGUGGCCGGUGUGGUCAACAGGCCGCUGGACGUCUCGCUCACCAUCACCCUGGCCGGCUUCCAGCCCAUCUUCACCAUGAGCGCUCAGCAGAAGCAGCUACGGGAAAUUACGGAGCAUGAAUAUGCUACCUUUGUGAGGGGAUAUACUAACAAUGACGAAUGCAUGCAAUGGCUGGAGACCUACCAGUACCAGGACCUGAUUAUUGCUGAACUAGAGGGCAGCUCCAACUCUCUGUGGACCAUCAGCCCACCCAGCAGGAAAAAUCUCAUCGACAUGCUGCAACAUCCUGGAGAGGAAUUCACCAUCACUGUGUCCUGGUCCAUUCAAAGGAACCUUACACUGGGUGCUAAGGCGGAGUUUGCCACGGGCAAGCUGGUGGAACACCUCGACACCGACACCAGGGACCACCUGAUGCAGCUGCUCAACAACAACACCACCACCACCACAGCGAUCCUCAAAGAUCUCUUCCCACGGUAUCUCCGGGCGCCUACCGACUCGAUUUCCAAACCCGUGGAGCAGCUUUUAAAGGAUAAGAAGAAGGAGAACAUCAGCUUGUCGCUAGAGCGAAGCGCACAAAGCUCCGGGGAGGUGCGAGAGUGGUGGGUCGUCAACCAGACGGAGCCCGGCUCCAUCAAAAAGCCCAACAUGACGGGGCUGGAUCUGUACAUAUUCAGCGACCAGGUCAGCCCCCCCAGCCUGGGCUUCCUGGCAGGAUACGGCAUCAUGGGCCUGUACGCCUCCGUGGUGCUGGUGAUCGGCAAGUUUGUGCGCGAGUUCUUCAGCGGCAUCUCGCACACCAUCAUGUUCGAGGAGCUGCCCAACGUGGACCGCAUCCUCAAGCUGUGCACGGACAUCUUCCUGGUGCGGGAGACGGGCGAGCUGGACCUGGAGGAGGACAUGUACGCCAAGCUCAUCUUCCUCUACCGCUCGCCGGAGACCAUGAUCAAGUGGACCCGGGAGAAGACGGAGUGACCGCUGUGUGGCGCCCCGGCGCCCCCACACCUGACCCGCACACUCCACCCUCCCCCCCACACCUGACCCGCACA